AGUUGAGGUUUGUGGAAGUGAAAGCAAGCCCUGUAUAAAUGGAGCCAUGCCAACCACGCACCCGUGAGCGGCGGAGGCUUUCCAGAGGGCGGUAGGAAAGAUGAAUGCUCUCCUUGCACUGGCCAUGCUGUUUGCUUGGGGCUCGUCGCUGGCUGGUGGGAGCCUCUGGCAGCUGCAGCAGGUGGUCACAAAGAUGACAGGGAAAAACGCCGUGCUGCGUUACUCCUUCUAUGGCUGCUACUGCGGCGUGGGGGGCCACGGGAAGCCCAAGGAUGCCACAGACAGAUGCUGCCAGCUGCACGAUGCCUGCUAUGACAGCCUCCAGAAGUACCACUGCGACGCCAAGCAGCAGCGCUAUCACUACAGCUGGCACAGCGGCCGCCUCACCUGCAGAAGGGACUCGUGGUGUGCCCAGCUGUCCUGUGAGUGUGACCGCAGCCUGGGGCUGUGCCUGCGGAGGAGUGCAAGGAGCUACAACUGGUGCUACGUUCUGUACCCCAAGAGCAAGUGCAGGUGAUGAGCCCAAAGUGAAGGCUCUUUGGGUUUGGCCCUCUGCUUUGCAUCUGGAGCUGAGUUCCUGCAUGGACCUGCAUUUGUGUUGAACUUAAUCGAUGUGAAAAUAAAUUAUGUGCUUAAAUCAUCUUGGUCCUCUGUGAGCUGGAGUCCAGCAUUGCCGUCCCAGUACUUCCCAUUACAUCCCAGAGCCUCCCAGCACACACACAGUACCACCCUGUGCAAUACAGAGCAGCUCAAUAACCUCUCAGCACCUUCAAAUGCUGCUUAGAGACCCCCAGAGCAUCCCAGUAAUCUCCCAGUGCUACCUAGAGCCUCCCAGUGUGCUCCCAGGGCCCCUAGUGUUAUCCAGAGCCUUUCAAUCACCUCCCUGUGCUGCCCAGAGCCUCCUAACACCCUCCCAGUGGACCCCAAUCCUUGCUAGAAAACCCCAAUAUGCUCCCAGUGCUGCAUAGCACCCCACAAUAACCUCUCUAUGUCCUCCCACUGCAGCUUAGUACUGACUUGAGCCCU